UACAGAGCACCAGUAGUAGGACUGGAGACUAGAGGGUAUGUGAAACUCUUAACUACAUUCACAGGCUCUACUUGCAACACAAAAUCAGGAAAAUAUUUCUGACCUGAAGCUGAGUGAGCAGCAUUUCCAAGUGAGGAAGAGAGAAAGACAGAGAACCUAAUACAAGAUGAGAAUCGCUGAGGUUUUGCUGCACUUGUUCAAGAAGAGUAUGGAUAGGCACCAAGUGUUACAUUUAUGCUCUGUGAGCAUAGUCUUCUUGGUGCUUAUUUGGACCGGCACCUCGGAUGCACAGAAGGAUUGCACAGGUGUGGAGUGUAAGCAGCUGGAAAAUUGCAUUGAAGAAGUGCUUGAGCCAGAUGAAUGCUGUGCUUCCUGCCUACAGCAUGGCUGCACCUGUGAAGGCUACCAGUACUAUGACUGUGUGAAUGUAGGCUUUAUCAAUGGCAAAGUCCCCGAAGGGCAAUCUUACUUUGUUGAUUUUGGAAGCACAGAAUGCUCGUGCCCCAAAGGAGGAGGCAAGAUCAGCUGCCAGUUCAUGCUCUGUCCAGACCUUCCAUCAAACUGCAUCGACGCCGUGCUGCCAGCAGAUGGGUGUCCUCAGUGUGGACGAAUAGGCUGUGUCCAUGAAGACCAGAAAUAUGCGGCGGGGCAUACCUUCCAUAUGCCUCCCUGCAAGGUAUGUCACUGCCCAAAUUCAGGAGGAGACCUCAUGUGCUAUCAGCUCUCAGACUGUAAUGAAUCCACGUUAAACCCUCAGAAGCUGUCUGAUCCUGGAGAAAGUGAACUUGAGCAGCACUAUGAUGACCCCUACAGUUAUGACCAAGAGGCAUUGGAUGGAGAGGUCACCCAGGUGGAGCCCCCGAAAAAGUACUACAGUUAUUCGGCGCAUACGGAGCAAGAGAGCAUUGGCCAGGAGCAGAGUGAAGAUUAUGAUUACCUUGCAACCAGCGUCACUCCUCCUUCUCCAACCCACCUGGUUUUGUACACUGAAGAUCUGUCUCUGACAAGCACAAAUCCUCCCACAACAAACUACCCUGACACUAGUCGUGCCAUUGAAAAGAGUGAGGAGAGGAGUUACAAAAGCACCACACUUCCCACAGUGGAGCAGAGACCUCAGAAGACUGCCACUGCAAGCAGCCUUUUCAGGGGACCAGCUGUGACGACAACAGAGAUGCCCAGAAACAGGGCAGAAACGGAGAGGAAAAAACAGGCCAACAGAGAAAGGAAUGGGCAAGUGGACAAUGCCCUUUUCAGAAUGAAACUGAAUAUGAAAAAAGACCACAAGCAGAAAGGAAGCAAAUGGUUAGAAUUGAAAGAGUCCAACGUCACUCAGUCCCAUGGACAAAACUCUCUGCAGGAGAAACAAGAGAGUGAUGUGUUCCCCAAGGUCAGGUUUAAUCCAACCCCACCAUCUCCCAUUGCAUUGGAAGAAGACAGCAACCGGAUCUUGCAGAAACAGUCCCAGACACUUUAUCAUUACCAGCCUGAGGAAGACACUGACCCCAAUUCUGUUCAUACUUCUCCCAAGUUACCGGAAGGUUCCACAAAAGAUCUAAUUGAGACAUGUUGUGCUGCUGGACAACAGUGGGCUAUUGACAACAAUGAAUGUACAGAAAUCCCUAUAAGUGGAAUGGAUGGUGAUAUUUGCAGAAUUGCUCAGAAGCAGUGUUGUGUCUCGUAUUUAAAGGAGAACAGCUGCAUUGGUGGCAUGAUUGCAGCCAGAGAAGGUGACUUGUGUGGACCGGAUGAAAGUGAUGCCUGUGGAGGAUCAUUUUAUAAGCAAUGUUGCGACUGCUGUGCCGUGGGUCUGCGAGUGAAAAAUGAGGGGCAGAGGUGCGAGUCCAACCCAAAUCUUGGCUAUCCUUGCAACCAUGUGAUGCUUUCCUGCUGCGAAGGAGAAGACCACCUCAUCCCUCCAGAGCUAAAGAGGCACCCUGAACCACUGCCAACUUCAACACCCGAGAAACUUUCAGAGGAUGAAGAUCACAAAGAAGCCUUGUCACUCAGUAAUGAAGCUGAAUUAUCAAACAGCUUACCUGGAGAUGACCUGGACGAAUGCCUUGCCUACCCUGGUGAACUCUGCCAACAUCUCUGUAUCAACACAGUGGGAUCCUACAAGUGUUCGUGUUUCCCAAGGUUUACUCUGCAAGAUGAUGGGCUCAGCUGCAAUCCAGAUUUUGAAGAAGAUGGACCAAACACUGCCUUAGGGGACAAACCCACUCUUGCCCCAGAAAGCUUGAAUAACUCACCUGCAACUGUCAAGACUUUGAAUGCAGAGCAAGAUAAAUGUAAAGAUAAUGGUCCCUGUAAGCAUAUAUGCAGUAUUGUGGAAGAAGAAAUUACGUGCUCUUGUUUACCUGGAUUUGCCCUCAUGUCAGAUGGAGUCUCCUGUGAAGAUAUGAAUGAAUGUGUAACAGAUGCACAUACGUGCCAGAGAGGGGAGCACUGCAUUAACACAAUUGGAUCGUUUACAUGUCUUCAGCAGCUCAGUUGCCAAUCAGGUUAUGAACUUAAGGAGGGUGAAUGUGUGGACAUUGAUGAAUGUGAAAGAGGAACUCACAGCUGCAAGAUAAACUUUGUAUGUCAAAAUACAAAAGGAUCAUUCUAUUGUGAAUCAAAGCAACGGUGCAUGGAUGGAUUUCUACAAGAUCCAGAGGGAAACUGUGUUGACAUUAAUGAAUGUACAUCACUUUCUGAGCCAUGUAAGGCUGGGUUCAACUGCAUGAAUACUGUUGGGUCUUAUGUUUGUCAGAGGCAUCUCUUAAUAUGCAGCCGGGGGUAUCAUUCGAGUGAAGAUGGAACCAGAUGUGUUGAUGUUGAUGAAUGCCAGACCGGCGUGCACAACUGUGGAGAGGGACAGGUGUGUCACAAUAUACCUGGAGCUUACCGCUGUGACUGCAAGAUGGGCUAUCAAUACGAUUCAUUCAGCAGAACUUGCAUUGAUAUAAAUGAAUGCUGGAAUUAUCCAGGACGGUUAUGUCAACACUCCUGCGAAAAUACUCCUGGGUCCUAUCAUUGUUCAUGUUCUUCUGGCUUUCGCUUGGCUUAUGAUGGGAAGCAUUGUGAAGAUGUCAAUGAAUGUGACAAUAACCCAUGCAGUCAAGAGUGUGCUAAUAUUUAUGGCUCCUACCAGUGUUACUGCAGGCAAGGCUAUCAGUUAGCAGAAGAUGGCCAUUCUUGUAAAGAUAUUGAUGAAUGUGCACUAAGUGCAAGUAUUCUGUGCACUUUUCGUUGCCUUAAUGUGCCUGGAAGUUAUCAAUGUGCUUGUCCUGAUCAAGGCUAUACAGUGUCAGCAAAUGGAAGGACUUGUCGAGAUAUUGAUGAAUGUGCAAUGGGAACCCACAAUUGUUCGUCAACGGAGUCUUGCUAUAACAUUCAAGGUAGCUUCCGAUGUAUUCUGUUCGAAUGCCCUCCAAACUACAGGAAAGUGUCUGAUAUGAGAUGCGAGCGUAUCAACUGCUUCAACUACCUAGACUGCCAAAACACUCCACUGAGAAUCACUUACUAUCAACUUAACUUCCAAACAAACAUCGUUGUCCCAGCUCAUAUUUUCCGAAUUGGUCCGUCACCUGCUUAUGCUGGAGACAACAUAAUCCUUACCAUCAAGAAAGGAAACGAAGAGAACUACUUCAGCACCAGAAAGCUGAAUUCCUACACAGGAAUUGUCUACCUUCAGCGACAAGUGAAAGAUCCCAAAGACUUUGCAUUAGAUGUUGAAAUGAAGCUUUGGCGUCAAGGGACAUACACAACUUUUCUGGCCAAAAUUUAUAUUUUCAUCACUUCUCAUGCGUACUGAAUCGUAUGUUUGGCCUUUGGAGUUUAUUGGUGCUAUCACUUCUUUACUUUUCUACCAAAGAUGUUUAUGAUGAGGAUUGAUAAUGAUAGAAAACCCAUAUCUAGCCUCUUUUUUCUGUUUUUAAAAAAGUUUUUAAAACAUCUUUGUAAAAUCAACACAAAACUUAUUAACCCCAUUUUUGUUCACUCUGGAAUUUUAAUCAAGAAGGCUUUGAGAUGACAGGCAAAUAUAAGUACAAUAGCUUUUCUUAGCAUUGUGGCAUUGAUGACUUCAGAAUUAGUUACACAGUGAGGAUCCCAUGUUCUAUACAAAUGUAAGUGACUAAGGUUGCAAUUCUGUAUAUGUUUACUUAGGAGUAAGGCCAACUGAACUCAGUGGGAUGUACUGCUGGAUAGACAUGUAGGACUGUGGUCUAAAAUUUCCACUUGCUUUCAAAGAGGGCAAAAAAGGUGUGGCCUUUGAAAUUAGCUUGAAUACUGUACAGUGGUGCUUCGUUUAAUGAUGAUAAUCCGUUACAGGAAAAUUGUCGUUAAGCGA